CUGCAACGGCCCGCAAUGAUUCUCCCGUUCGGAAUCUGAAUCUGGCAAUUCUCAACCUUCGAGAACAAAACAGUGGAGCCUGAUCACCAGUCGCAGAUGCUUUGGGCCGGAUUGGCAAGCAGGCCAAGUCAAUGUGUGUCCUUAUCGAAGACCUUCUCCACUGAGGUAUCGCUUGCUUUGUACCGGAAUUGCGGAAGACAUAACGUUGGGUAUCUUGUCCCAACGUUUCAAACACGACAAUCGAAGUAUUUGGAUCGAAAUCCUCCAGAGGAUCUUGUCGCAAACCGUGUCACAGCUCUCCAUCUAUCCAUCCUAACUAAAGAUGAGAUUCGAACUCUCCGCCCUCCUCGCCCUGACGGGCCCAGCAGCGGCACUUAUUCGCUUUCAAUGCUCGCAGCUUGUGGUCGAGCGACUUGAUCCUCUCGUAACACCCGGACAGAUCCCUUCGCCACAUGUUCAUCAGAUUGUGGGCGGCAACAGUUUCAACGCGACUAUGGAUCCUUCGAAAGACAUGCCUGGAGAAAGUACAUGCACAACAUGCCAGUUCUCGGAGGACUUCUCAAACUACUGGACCGCGACGCUAUACUUCCGCGCACGUAAUGGAACUUACCAACGUGUCCCACAACUCGCAAACGCCGGUUUCGCCGGUGCAACAGCCGGCGGAAUGACAGUCUACUACAUGCAAGACCCUCUCUACGACACAGCGCAAAAGUCCAAAGUCUCAGCCUUCAAGCCUGGCUUCCGCAUGUUCAUCGGAGACGUUAACGCCCGUUCCAAAGACCAGGCCGCGCGUUUCCGACAACUCACCUACACAUGCAUGGACGACGCAGGUUCCAGAGAAAGAGAGACAGUCGCGUUUCCAGCCCGGAAGUGCGCAUAUGGAAUUAUGACUAGCUUGAGGUUUCCGACUUGUUGGGAUGGAGUGAACUUGGAUAGUCCGGAUCAUAUGGCGCAUAUGAGUUACCCCGAAUCCGGCACCUUUGAGUCCGCUGGCCCUUGCCCGUCUACCCACCCCGUGCGAACAUCCCAGGUCAUGUUCGAAGUCAUUUGGGAUACCUCGCGCUAUAACGAUGACGCUGAUUGGCCCGAAGACGGAUCGCAGCCAUUUGUGUGGAGUUUUGGGGACAAAACGGGUUAUGCGAAUCAUGGAGAUUAUGUAUGUUUUCCUCCAUUUCUCCUUUCCCAUUCCUAG